AUUUCAUAUUAUAUAGGAUUCAAUGAGCGUAAUUAUAACAAUCAGGAUGAAACAGCAUUAUCAUUGUCGUCGCCAAUUGCUUUACCACUAAAAAGAAUUGGUGACAGCACACCAAUGCGGCGGUACGAAGAAUGGGAUGAAAAGGGCAAAGACUCCAAAAUAUCGAAAAUAUUUCAAUUAACUGUCACUGUUCUUUCAUUUCUCGCUUUUGGAGGUUACUUGUUAACGCUCAUUAUUACUGCUAUAAAGCGCAAUCAAAAUAAUUCAACCCAAGGGAAUGUAAUAGUGUUGUCGGGGUUACAAAAUCUACAAAAGGUAAAACGACCUAAGCGCAAAAUUUUUAUUUAUAAUCUCGAGGACAAUAAUUAUGAAAUCGAUAAAAUGUAUAGAGGAAUGAUUAUGUUGUCUUCCGCAUACAACAAAUAUUAUCGUUAA